GACCAAUGGGACAUAAUUAGACAUCCACCUUCGACGUGUUUUUUUUUUAGUCUUUACUUGUAUGCAAUGACUUCCGAUGAGAACAUGCGUCCAGAUUGCAGUGGUGACUUUGACUCAUCAUCGUCCAGCUGCAGUACAGCAUCUCCUGGUGGGGACACCCCGGGGUGCAGCCCGAAUCCGCCUGGAUCCCUCUCACCGGUGCCAAAGGAUGCUGACACCAGCGCGCCGGGCUCUUUUGUCCCCACGGUCACCGCAAUCUCCAGCUCGCCAGAUCUGAGCUGGAUGGUGCAGCCGACUGUGAUCACAUCUGUAUCGCCGUCCUCCAGUCGGGCAAAGCCCAAAAAUAAAGCUCAAAGUCUCUCGUCUUCCGCAGUUCCUGCAAAAAAGACAAAGACCAACAACCGGAAAGGGCAUAAAGAACAGCCUUCCAAAGAGGAGGAGGAGAGGAGGAGAAUCAGGAGGGAGAGGAACAAGAUCGCUGCAGCAAAAUGUCGCAACAGGAGACGGGAGCUGAUAGACACGCUGCAAGCCGAGACAGACCAGCUUGAAGAUGAGAAGUGUGCCCUGCAGUCCGAGGUGGCGGAUCUGAUGAAGGAGAAGGAAAACCUGGAGCAGAUCCUGGCCUCACACAGGCCAUCGUGCAAACUGGCUCCAGAGAGUGGAGAUGAGGAGAGCAAAGAUUCCAACAUGCCGCCCAGUCCCCCGGAGAAGUGCGACAGUGCCAUGACCCCGGACGGCAACACGGCUGCCAACAGCCAGGACAUGGACGCCGACCCUUGCAUCCCUGCCGCAGCCAUACUGGGGAACUCUGACAUCCUUCUCUGCUCCAGUGCUCAGGAGGACGCGAUGGAGGACUUGAAAGGAGAUGACCUGGAUGACUUGGUUCCCAGUCUGGAGAUGGCGGUCAUGACGGAGACGGCCGCAUCCGUCCCCGACAUAGACCUGAGCAGCCCCUUCUGCCUCUCAGACUGGGAGACGCUGUACAAGUCUGUGGCUAAUGACCUUGAAUCGCUGAACACGCCGAUCAUGUCUUCCAGUCCAACAUGUAGCAAUUACCGAUCCGUGUUCUCCUUUAAUUACGCCGAGAUCGACUGCUUAUCCGAGGGCUGUGAGGGUCUUAAAUCCGAUUCAUCCGACCACUUGAAAGAUAAUCUCAAUUCUCCAACACUUCUGGCCUUGUGAAUGCAAAUGUUAUGCAAUGAUUGUGUAGUUCUCUUCUUACCAGCUACGGAGCUACGGUCUCACAUAAUCUAUUGUAGUGUAAGUUUUGCUGUUGUGUUGACAUUUACAGGACAUGUAGAUGAUAUGUUUUCUCGUGACAGGGUCAGUCUCUUCCAACUGCUGGGGUAAUUGCUUGUACGGACUCAAAAGAUGCAUGCAAAAAAAUCAGAGAAAACCUCAUGUGUUUUUAAAAAAAAUCCCUUAAUGUGAUGUGGAGUCAGGUCAAAACUGUAUGUGUACUAUUGUAGACCAAGUUGUGUUGUAGUAACACGUGACUAUAGCAGGGUUAUAACUGUAGCAUUUAGGUGUAACAUCUUGCUGUAAGGUGUCCCCUAACUUGACAUUUCCAUGAACAAGGUUGUGCCAUGUAUUUUAUCCAGAUGUAUUUUAUGACACAGUUUAUUUUUUUACUUAUGAGAAUAUCAGAUGCAAAAAAGAGCGUAUAUGAUGCUGGAAAUAAAAACAAA